AUGGAGUCAGAAACAGCCAAUACCAAAAAAGUAUCCGGAACUCAAGCCGAUCUAUUAGCAGGCAAUCUAAUAAAACAUCUUAGCACCAGCGAGGGAACGGGGCAUAGCCUAACGGUAUUCUUGAGCACAUUGCGAUACGUACCGCCUCUCCUCGAGAGCAGCGAGGCCUUAUACGAUGCCACGAACCUUCUGGUAUCUACGUGGCUACAGAUCUGCCAGGGAGCGAGCCCGCACGAUGUUCUCAGUCUUGUAUCUUACAACGGCGCCCUCCGCAGCUUGCAGAAAGCCUUAGACGAUCCGCAUAAGCAAACAUCAUCCGCUACACUAGCUGCAACCAUUUAUCUUCAAACGACCGAGGCAAGUGGUCUUAACAGUAAUCGCAUCGAUCAGAUAUCUCACUGCAAUGGGAUCUACGCCAUAAUGAUGAAAAGGGGAGCCCCUAAACCGGGAAAUGGCCUUGGCUGCCAGCUCAUACUCGACUCCUUCGGCUUUAUGUUCAGGCUUCUCAUAAGAGGUGACAUCGACAACUUCUUCACGCAACCCGACUGGGAGAACGCACUUUCGACGAUACUUGCCGACGUUGUAAGACGCUUCGCAAAAAUCCGCAAUGUCCCCGAGCACCUACGGGACUCGCAGGCUCUCGAAGCGCUCUCGAUAGCUCUUCGCGACGUAGGAGAAAGUUUCCGCGCGCUCGACCGAAAUACCGUGCAGCCCCUAUUACAAAGCAAGACUAUUUACGAAGAAGACGACCCGAAAUCGCCUUUUGGCACGAGCUACGUGUUUCCCAAUGGCGUAACUGCAUUGCAUUUCACUAAUGCAGCCUCCUUUAACAUCUUGAUAAAUACGCUUAGACAGGAAUUGAAUGCGAUGUUGGACAUCAACGACCCAAGUCCAGAAGCAGAGUGUCUUGAAUGGAGCGAACGGAUCUGGAGGUCUUGUCGAUAUACCCUAUCUUUGAAACCGCUUUGCUCGACGUCGUUUAGUACCUAGGCACAUAUGUGUAUCAUAUAUGUCUGCAGAGCCUCCUGACCGUGCUUACCUUCUUGACGUCCUGGAAGAGACCGAUAGCUAUCGACAACAGUCCGUCCGUAGGUGGAAGGAGUCGGCUGUGUCCUCGCAAUAUGACAGCCUCCUAGGACGAUGCUUUGGGGAAAGGCGAUGCAGGUGUUCAAUUAUCAGGAGUGUCGGCGAUAGCUUGGCCCAAUAACUUCAACUAGCUAUAUAUGAAGGUUUUCCUUCAUACCUAAGAAUAGUAAUGAUGUGUAAAUUUAAAGAAUCUAUGUAUCUGGUAACGUUCGCCGUUUGAAAGGCCACUUUAUCCGCCUUUUUUUUUUGGUAGCAUUAGGGGGCGAGCAAAUGAACUGGCUAGGCGUAU